GCAACGAGUUACUUGUAAGCUCGUAGAUAGCUGCCUGCCAGCGCGCGCGGCGACUGCUUUGGUCCCUCGGCAAGCGACCCCAUUUCGGUCGCUUUCGGAAGGUGUCUCUUUGUCGCGCUGUCGCUGUCGGGGAUGUCUGACCUUUUAAAGACUACUUAUGCUAGGUAAGAAAUAGCUAUGAGCACUCGACAGCAUCCGUGGCGGUUUGGGCCUUCUUUUUAUCGGCAAGCGGUGCGCGCACGAGCUCGCGAGCCCCCGACAACAGGUGAUACGAGCGUCGCUGGGUUCAUUCUUUGCCCUGCACUGCAUCGUUGGCCAUUUUGGCGCGCGCCCAGAGAGAAUGCUGCAUGGGCUGCAAGAUCUUCCGUACGGUUCAUCGCCAGCCCCCUUAAUUUCUUCCUUGCGCGACCGAGCCAGCUUGUCACCUAUUCACGUUAGGCAGAUACCAAAAAUGGCGACCGCUCUGUGCAACAAGGCCUUCGCUGCCGCCCCCGUGGCUCGCCCGGCUUCGCGCCGCUCGGCUGUCGUCGUCCGCGCCUCGGGCUCGGAUGUGAGCCGCCGCGCUGCUCUGGCUGGCUUCGCUGGCGCUGCCGCUCUGGUGUCCUCGAGCCCCGCCAACGCUGCCUACGGUGACUCUGCCAACGUGUUCGGCAAGGUGACCAACAAGUCCGGCUUCGUGCCCUACGCCGGCGAUGGCUUCGCUCUGCUGCUGCCCGCCAAGUGGAACCCCAGCAAGGAGAACGACUUCCCCGGCGUGAUCCUGCGCUACGAGGACAACUUCGACGCCGUGAACAACCUGGUCGUCAUUGCCCAGGACACCGACAAGAAGGCGAUCGCCGACUUCGGCAGCCAGGACAAGUUCCUGGAGUCCGUCUCCUACCUGCUGGGCAAGCAGGCCUACUCCGGCGAGACCCAGUCGGAGGGUGGCUUCGCCCCCAACCGUGUGUCGGCUGCCUCCCUGCUGGACGUGUCGACCACGACCGACAAGAAGGGCAAGACUUACUACAAGUACGAGCUGCUGGUCCGCUCCGCCGAUGGCGAUGAGGGCGGCCGCCACCAGCUGAUCGGCGCCACCGUUGGCUCCGACAACAAGCUGUACAUCAUCAAGAUCCAGAUUGGCGACAAGCGCUGGUUCAAGGGUGCCAAGAAGGAGGCCAUGGGCGCCUUCGACUCCUUCACCGUUGUGUAAGCGGCCAACCUGGCUCGCGUAAGGAACGGGUGGAAGGAAGAGAGCUCGGAAAGCCGCAUCCUGGUGCGUCGGGCGUCUGCAGGCGCCCUCGCUCGGAGCUCGGAGCCCGGCGCAAGCUGCUGCUGCGGACUUGAGUGCGAGAACUCUGGGCUGCUGAAUGGAGAGCAGCGAGGAGUUGCGCGUGAGGGAAAGCAUGGAGCAGGGAUCGGCAUGAAUGGCGAUUUUCGGAUUCGCAGCGGUGUCAUUUUGUGUUAGCCCGGGCAUGCGCCUUGCGUGGAGCUGUGCCUAUUCGUGGGAGUGUGACCGGGUGCGUGGCAGUCGGCGGCAUAGCCCCAGCGCCUUGUGGUGAGCCAGUGCGGUUGGCCUGAGGGUGGGGCAAUCUGAUGCCCCGACCUGCUGUGCGUGUUUUGCGUGUCAUUUUGGAACUUGUUCUUACCGGUUCCGACGGUGCCUACCAUAGCGGUGGAGGUGGGUGCUGCAAUAUGGCGGAGUGUGUGUGGGCGGUGUCAAAGCGCCGCCACACAGCUAGCAGAGGACGACUGCGGCCAUUUUGCAAAUCACAGGCAAAAUGCCAACGAAGUUUGGCACCCAGUACAGCGUGUUUCGUUCAUAGUCCCCUCUGCAACCCUCUUGAGAAGAAAACUGUAAACCCAUUUCCGU